AAGUCGUUUAGGUUCCUCAAAGUCACGACAACUUCAUUUUCCUCGUCUGCUUUUCAUGCUAAUGGGUUUACAUACUUUACGGUUCCCUUAAUUCGCAGUCGUUGAGGAAGUAAUGAGAGAACGAACUGUACACUCGUAACAUUUGCAAGACGUCAGGUGCCCAAGCAUUCUUUAUCAAUCUCUAAAACCAACCCCGCCGCUCACACUACGAGGGGACGCCACAACGAAACCAAGCGUAAGAAAACGGCCCAUUCAUAACUCGCUGCUCGCACGUGAAUCACCAGGAAGUAGAAUGGAAAGGAAAGGAGAUUCUAAAUAACCCGUUCGGCACCUCACGUCCGCCGCACAUAUAACCCCCUGCGCAGGACGCCCGGAAGGCUUGUGUGUUACGUGGACGAGGCAGCAGCGGGAGCAGGCGUGGUCGAGACGCAUCCUUCGGAACAACCAAGGAGCAUCAGUGUCGAGGAAGGAGACUAAACAGUGACGGAGCAGCGGAGGAGACAGCAAAGGAACAGCGGGAGAAGAAAAUCCGAGGCAGCAUGAGGGGCCGGGCAACGUGGGCGGCGGCGUUCGGGCUGCUGCAGGUGCUGGGGUACUGCUGCGCCUUCGGGGGAUACCCAGGAACCUUUUACCAGAUGAUGCUGCGGCUGAACAAGGAGAGGAAGUACGGCCGGACAGCCCCCUCUCCAAGCAGACUGUGGGCCGUCCUCAACCCCGCGGCCACACUCGGGUCCCUCAGCCACAUUCCCCUUGACUCCAACCGCGUCGUGAGGAGAGAUCUGGAGCCCCGCCAAGUACCGGAUCCCGUGGUAGAAGAAUCAGAGCCUGUGAAUGAAGAAUCAGACUCCACUACAAUAGGAUCAGACCCCACAGAUGGAAGCUUUACUGGGGGACUAGAAGCUGAAAGUGAAGCGCCCGGUGGAGAAUUGGAAACUGAAGGUGGAGGAUUAGGACCUAUCGAUGCAGAGUCGGAUGGAGGAUUAACUGAUGGAUCUACAAUUCCGAACGUGGUAUCAGAACUUACAAACGAAGAACCGGAGACUAUAAAUGAAAAGCCUGAACCCACAAACGUAGAAUCGGAGCCUGCAAGUGCAACCGCGGGAUCAGAAAUAACAUCAGGAGGAUCAAAUGGAGUAUCAGAAACCAAUAAUGAAGUAUCGGAACCUACAAGUGGCCCGCUGGAGACUACAAGUGGAGAAUCAAGUACUACAAGUGGACCAUUCGAAGCUACAAGUGGAACAACAGAAACGACAAGUGAAACAUCGAUUACUACAAGUGGAACAUCGAUUACUACAAGUGGAACAUCAAUUACUACAAGUGGAACAUCAAUUACAAGUGAUUCAUCGAUUACAACAAGUGGAACAACGAUUACUACACCUAGCUCAUCAAUUUCUACAAGUGAACCAACAGAACCAACAAGUACAGCAUCAACACCCACAGAAGGAUCAACAAGUAGUACCACAAGCUUAGCACCAGAGCCUACAACAGAAGAAUCAGAACCCACAAGUGUGACAUCGGAACCUACAGAUGGGGAUUCAGAACUUCCAGAUGGAGGCUCAACUGCGGAGGAGGAGGAGGCGGGAGCGGGGGCGUCCUGUGGGGGGGAUAUGGUGAUGCCUUCCCCGCCCGCCUCCCACACGCCCACGCAAGGCUUCACCCUCAAGCAGAACAUCUCCACGCCGGGCUGGGAGGACGGACGCUACCCUGACGAGGUGGAUUGUGUCUGGAACCUCAAGGUGGGUCCGGAGUGCGAGGUGGGGCUGCUGCUGUACCAGGUGGUGGAGGGCGAAGUGGCUCAGACUCCCAGGUGCCUCCGUGACUACCUCGAGUUCGUGCAGCCUAACAGCCACUCCACCAGGUACUGCGGGCCCUUGGUGAACAACAGGGAGAAGGUGUCGGGGAUUGACUCCUGGCACACGUCGCAGGAGCGGAACACAACCAUCCGCUUCAGGGCCACCGCGCCGCGCCCCUUCGACGACUCCGCCUUCGUGUCCGGGGCUCCGCGGGGCUUCGUGAUGGAGGUGACGUACUACUGCUGGCUCUACAAGUCACUGAGGAGGGCGGCUGGUGAGGACGGAGAACCAGGCGGCGACAAGGGUGGUGGACAGGACUCGAACAGAGGUCAAGGGCAAGGAGGAAGCAGUGUGCGGGGGACCGGAGAUGAGAAUGAGAUCAAUUUCGAUUUUAAGAGCAAGGAAAGUGGACGCGGUACGGGACACACGAGCGAACACCUAUUUUCGUAAGGACAUUUGUGUGUGUGUGUGUGUGUGUGUGUGUGUGUGUGUGUGUGUGUGUUAGCAGGGCAUUAUGUUGUUCUUCAGGAGGCGUAUCAGUGCUUAGUUUUAAUACACACGUUAUUUAUAGCAUCAUUCAUCUUUGUUAACACAUUUCUCACAUCGAUUUUACUCUUCGACAUGUUUGGAACCCACCUUUCCGAAGUCUGUCCAUGCUGUCACCUGUGUUAUGGAGUUCGCGUCACGGGCACAGGAUAGAAGACUUGCAACAACCACAAAAAAUCUAGUUAGGUUUAUUUUAUAUAUGCUUUACACCACAACUAAAAUAAAUACAUCUAUAUCCGAUUUCAGAAGAAUAUAUUUUAUAAUACUUUCAUAUUCCAAUAUUCUGAGAAAGACGCUGCAGUUAGCCACUAUCAGUAAUAAUUUUCGUUAUAACCUGAUUGAUUAAAGCUGGCAUAUGUGUAUCAAUGUGUGUACGUAUGUGUGUGAGAGAGGGAAGGGAAAGGCGUUCGUCGCGGUGUUUACGGGAUAAUACACAUUACAUGCUAGUAUUAAUUUUUUUCCGCUUAUGAGACAUGCAUUUGCAGGUAUGUAUUGUGACUUCAUCCUACUGAUAACCCUUCCAGUCCUCAGUAAUUGACUUCGUUUUCUUUCCUCUCAGCUAAGUGCUCUCUCUCUCUCUCUCUCUCUCUCUCUGGGCCAGGAAAACAGGGCACACGGACAACACAGGACUAGCUCAGUAUUCAGCUAAGGCUACGCACAGAUGUUACGUACACGAGUGAAGGGCGGCUCCCCGACAUAUGCGAGAAAAGGCGAGAAGAAAGUGGGAAGAAAGUGUUACCAGAACCGCGCACCUCCCUCUCCCUGCAUCCUCGCACCUCCUUCCCUCCCUCCUUCUGUCCUUGGCUCUCCUCUCCCUCCCUCCCUCCCUCCCUCUCGUCAUGUAUCGGGGAGCCAACAUGAACAUUAUAGCAGGUGGACAUAACAUCGACAGGCGCCUUGCAGGCGCACAUUAAUAUAGUUUCGUCUUACAUGUCAGAAUUUCUCCCUGGCCACAAGAGACUAAGCUGAGAUGGUAUAAUAAUAGGCUACACCUGACGCGAGACUCACCCGAACGGCUUGACUACACUGAGGCUAUUGAUUGGAUAGUUAGAAGUCGUUGAGUCGUAAAGGCAAUCAACCAUUCAACGAGGCAGUUUUAAUUUCAUUGAAGUACCAUGAUUUCUUGCUCUAAUAUCACAACUCUUGAUUCGUAAUGAGAAAAAAUGUCUAGCCGAUUAAAUAAGACUCAUUGUGUAUGGGUAAGUGGACUCAGAGGUAAGUUAGAGAGCAAUUGAGGUGUAUUUGAAAAGUGAGAGCCGAUGUGAGUCCGAGGGAAGCCAGCAGUCAUGUUUGUUGUUGUUGUUGGUGGUGGUGGUGGUGGUGCAGCCCCGCGGGUGGACGUGUGCACAAGACCCUGAGGCGGACGACGCUUAGAGGACACAUAAGGCCAGUGAGGUGAGUCUUAAGGAUUGUACUGACGAGGAGGGUGAGCAGGUGAGUGUUUCAUUACGAAUUAGGAAGCCUUAACAGCCUCAUAGGAGUGUAAAAACGUGAUUCUUCGUCGCCGGCGGUACUACAAGUGGCUGCCGUAUGUGUCAUUUCGUCCUGCCGGCUCAAGCAAAGUGUUCCCCGAGAUGGAUUCGUCGACUUAGAGCGUUUAAAAGUGACUUGAGUGUGUUGUGAGCAAGGUGGAGAUUGUGUAUGCGUCUUUGGGGUCUGUCACAUAUACGAACCGAUCCCACAAUCCCAAAACCUUGCCUCUCGAAUUACCUACACACCGCCCCUUGUUAAACCAUUGAUGUUGGGGCUGAUGGAGGCUAGUGGGUAGACGCUCCUCAUCCCCUUACAGUAAACAUCACAUUUAUCCGAGUAUAAUAAGACACGAGUAAUGCGAUUUUGACGAGGUCGAAGUGACAUGCAUAGGAGUUCUUUAGGUGACAGAUAGUAAGAGAGGAGAAAUCGUAAUCGUGAAUAUUGAAACGUUUUCUGAUUGCAAAGAGGAGUAUUUUCCGCUUGCUGAUUGAGUGAGUGGAUUGGCAAUGCUUUCAAUUCGUUUUUACGCGUAUAGAGAGAAGAGAAAUCCCGGGUUAUCAUACGGUUUCUGAUUGCAAAGAAGAGUUAUUUUCCUGAUUGCGUGAUUGAGUGAGUGCGGUUUGGCAGUGCUUCAAAUAUAACCCAUUAUACUUACGCGUUACAUCUGACAUGAACACAUAAGUACGUACCUGUGACUCUUCUAUUAGUUUGAAAUCGUUGAUGAAAUUCGGUCUGCGAGAUAAUUUUUGAUAGACAAUAGCAAAGAUAAUAGUGCAUGAGUCGUUUUAAGUAGGAAUAUUGAAAUGGCCGUGUGUGUAUAGAUCAAGGAAACGAAGAAAGGAGGCUGUUGAAGUAGUAUAGGUAGCAUUUCAAGAGACAAGAGCAGGUGUUUGGUCUGCGCUGAGGAACCAUUGACGAGGUACAUUAAUAUAAUACUCCAAGUACAUAUACAGUACCAUACAUGUACAUCCAUAACUAUAGUGUUACACCUAAAGGGAGUUAUAUAUAGUAUACGCCCUUGUUAAACAUGUUACACACACAUGCAACAACUAUACCAUAAGUGAUCGAUGUGGAAUUCAGUGUGGCGUGGUGUUUAAUCUCCGUGUGUGUGUGUGUGUGUAUGUGGUGUGUGUGUGUGUGUGUGUGUGUGUGUAGUACCUCUCCCGUUUUUCAUGUUCUCAAACCACCAGUGAAAGGAGGAAAAAUGAGACAAACAGACGAGAGUAGAAGAGAGAAAGCAAGCAAGCAUCGAAAGCUGUUAUGUAUAGGAAGACUGUUUGAAGACGAACGAG